AACUCUACUUUGACACACAAACAAUAACAGAUUCAAAUUCCCAAUUCUCAUUCGUCGAAGAGGCAUUGUUCCUCCAAAUAUAGAAGGCCUAAACCCUCUAUUUCAAGAAAAGUAGUGGAACCAGUUUGUCACAUAAAAAGAAGCGGCAGCAGCAGAAGCACCAGCCCACACAUUUCAGCUCACCAAAUCAUACCAAUUGGCCCAAAAACUGCACGCCAAGAAAAUUACCAACUCCCUUUAUAUAACACAUGAUCACCACCUCCCAUAACCAACCAGUGUACAUGCUUUACGCCCAUUUUUCUAUCAUCCCAACAAUAUGAUCACUCCUACCCACAACUUUACCUCCUUCUCCGAUGACGAACUCGCCGGAAACUUCCUUUCUUGGCGAACUUUUUUCUUUUUCUUCAGAAAUGCUCAAGUGGUUGAGAUUUUCCUUGCUUUUUUCGUCUUCGUUGCCAUUCAUUCUCUAAGGCAGAAGAAACGUCAAGGGUUACCAACAUGGCCGGUUCUAGGAAUGCUACCGUCCUUGGUUUGGGGGCUUCAGGGAAAUAUGUACGAGUGGAUCACCGACGUACUUUGCCAGCAAAAUGGGACGUUUAGAUUCAGAGGACCAUGGUUUAGCAGUCUUAACUGUGUAGUCACUGCAGAUCCAAGAAACCUUGAACAUCUUCUCAAGACUAAGUUCCCUAACUUCCCUAAAGGCCACUAUUUCCGCGACACAGUUCGUGAUCUACUCGGCGACGGGAUAUUCAACGCCGAUGAUGAGACAUGGCAAAGGCAACGGAAGACGGCGAGCAUUGAGUUCCAUUCAACUAAGUUCAGGAAACUAACGACUGAAUCAUCGCUUCAACUUGUCCAUUCUAGGCUACUCCCAGUACUUGAAAACGCAGUGAACAGAUCAAUAUCGUUUGAUCUACAAGAUAUUCUACUAAGACUUACUUUUGACAACGUCUGCAUGAUAGCUUUUGGGGUUGAUCCAGGGUGUUUGAGUUUGGGUUUGCCUCAAAUACCAUUCGCUCGAGCAUUCGAGGAUGCAACCGGGGCCACAAUUCUGCGUUUUGUUACACCAACAUGUAUAUGGAAAGCCAUGAGGUAUCUUGAUCUGGGAAGUGAAAAGAAGCUAAAAAGAUCGAUAAAGGGAGUCGAUGAGUUCGCAGAAAAUGUGAUAAAAACAAGGAAGAAAGAGCUAUCUGUGCAGAGCAGUGAUGAUAAGAAACAAAGAUCAGAUCUUUUAACGGUGUUCAUGGGGUUGAAAGAUGAGAAUGGACAGCCAUUUUCAGACAAGUUCUUGAGAGAUAUAUGCGUAAACUUCAUCCUCGCUGGUAGGGAUACUUCUUCAGUAGCAUUGAGUUGGUUUUUCUGGCUUCUUGAUCAAAAUCCUCAUAUAGAGGACAAAAUUCUUGCUGAAAUAUGCAAAAUAGUAAAGGAGAGAGAAGAUUUUGAUCCUAAAACUCCAUUGGUGUUUAGGCCAGAAGAGAUAAAGAAGAUGGAUUAUUUGCAAGCUGCAUUGUCUGAGGCCUUGAGGUUGUACCCUUCAGUGCCUGUGGAUCACAAGGAGGUAGUUGAAGACGACAUAUUUCCAGAUGGGUCACUAUUGAAGAAAGGAACAAAAGUGAUAUAUGCAAUAUACACAAUGGGAAGAAUGGAGGCAAUAUGGGGAAAGGACUGCAGAGAGUUCAAACCAGAGAGGUGGCUAAAAGAUGGCAGGUUCAUGAGUGAAUCUGCAUACAAAUUCACCGCCUUCAACGGCGGCCCUCGGUUGUGCUUAGGGAAAGAUUUUGCAUACUAUCAAAUGAAAUUUGCUGCAGCCUCUAUCAUACAUCGCUACCAUGUGAAGGUGGUGAAAGAUCAUCCUGUUGGGCCAAAGCUUGCUUUAACCAUGUAUAUGAAACAUGGGUUGAAAGUGAAUCUGUCAAGGCGUGAUAAUCCAUCUCAGCUUCUCACAUGAGACCUUCAAGACAUAUUUUGAUGUCUUAAGAACAGUAUACGUCAAUAUUUUAAGAAAAAGAAAAGAAUUCUUUAAUCAUUGUUAGAGACUUUUAUAAUUUACACUUGAAUAAUGGAUUUGAUAUCCAUUGAUUUGUUCAUCCUUUGUAGAAUUAUUUUGUGGCAUGUCCUUAAUGAUCCAUAUGGAUGAAUAAGUUACAUGUGAGCUUUGUAUUUUUUUUUUCUUUUUUCUUUAA